GUCAACGCUGCUGUCAGUAACCCGUGCUUUCCGGUGUUAUGGCCGCUUGCAGUGAAGGGGACAGUAAUGUGUGGUAAUAGUGAAUGAAGCGGUUGUUUUAGGCAGGGGUGUUUGGUAUGGCGGUGACGCAGCUGCUUCGGCUUGUUACCUGUCGUUCGACAGCUCGUGCGACCCUAUACGCGCAGAGGAAGUACAGCAAGGUGAAUGCAUCUCCUGCCUUAUCUGAACGACUGCAGAUCUUUGAGGCUCUCAGGGAAAAACGUGGAAAUGGGAAACGUUUUGAAUCGACAGAAAUGCCCCUCCGUGUCCGGCUGGUUGACGGCCGGAUAGUUAAGGGAACAGCUGGUGUCACCACACCGCUCUAUGUUGCUCGGAGUGUGAGAUUGAAAGGAGCCCUGGUGAGUAAGGUGAAUGGGGAACUCUGGGAGCUUGGACGACCCCUAGAGGCAGACUGUGAAUUACAACUUCUGGGGUUUGAUACAACUGAGGGAAAGCAGGCAGCCUGGAGAACAGGGGCGUGCGUCCUCGGUGGAGUCUUGGAGGGCAUGUUUGGUGCUGAGGUGUGCAGAGAAGGAACAUCAGAGUUCGGGCUUUUCUGUGAUUACCUGUUGGACAACAGUUUUUUGUCUCUGAGUGAUGUGGAGGCGAGGUGUAAGGAGGCGGCAGCACUCAAACUUCCUCUCUCUAGACUGGAGCUGAGUAUAGAAGAGGUCCAAGAGCUAUUCCAGAGCAGUAAGCUGAGGCUGCAGUUUGCUGAAGAGCAGAUGAAUGGCGCCACUGUCACAGUAUACAGGUGUGGAGACACUAUAGCGGUCUGCAACGGCCCCCUCCUCCCACACACAGGCCUCCUCACAGUCUUCAAGAUGCUGCAGCUGUCCUCUGUGACCCUGGCCAACCAGACAGAGUCCUCCGGUUUGACACGACUGUUAGGUGUGGCCUUUCCAGGUGAGAAAGAGAAGGAGGAGUGGGAGAGGGAGCAGGAGGAAGCGAGGAGGCGGGACCACAGACGCAUCGGGACGGACCAGGAGCUGUUCUUCUUCAAUGAAGUCAGUCCAGGAAGUUGUUUCUUUCUGCCUAAAGGAGCCCACAUCUACAACACACUCACAGACUUCAUUAAGUGCGAAUACCGAAGGCGAGGCUUCACUGAGGUCGUGACCCCAACGCUGUACAGCACUGCAUUAUGGGAGCGCUCUGGCCACUGGGAGCACUACAGCAAGAACAUGUUCACUGUGAAAUCAGAGGACUCUCAGACCUACGCUCUCAAACCCAUGAACUGUCCUGCACACUGCCUGAUGUUUGAGCAGCGCGUUCGCUCGUGGAGAGAGCUCCCUCUGCGAUGGGCCGACUUCGGGGCGCUGCAUCGUAACGAGCUCUCCGGCGCUCUGGGAGGUCUCACUCGCGUUCGCCGGUUCUGCCAGGAUGACGCACACAUAUUUUGCACACCUGAACAGCUGGAAGAAGAGAUUGUGACUUGUUUGGACUUUGUGAGGAGCGUCUAUCAAGUGUUUGGGUUUUCCUUUCACUGCCUGCUGUCUACGCGACCCACGCCGUGCCUGGGGGAGCCUGAACAGUGGGACACUGCUGAGCAGAUUGACAUCCUGAUCAAAGAUGCUAUUGGCAGACAGCACCAGUGUGCCACGAUCCAGCUGGACUUCCAGCUGCCAAUCAGAUUUGACCUUCAGUACGUCGGACGAGACGGACAGUGGCACAGACCAGUAAUGAUCCACAGAGCAGUGCUGGGAUCGCUGGAGAGGAUGAUGGCCAUACUGGCUGAAAACUUUGGAGGGAAAUGGCCUCUGUGGCUGUCUCCAGCUCAGGUCGCAGUUAUUCCUGUGGGGGGCAACAAUGAGUCGUACGGCAGGCAGGUGGUCCAGCAGUUCCAUGAAGCUGGCUUUAUGGCAGAUCUGAAUGACGAUGAGGGAGCCACCUUAAAUAAGAAGAUCCGCUCUGCUCAGCUCGCCCAGUAUAACUACAUAUUUGUGGUGGGUGAUAAGGAGCGUGAGAGUGGAACAGUGAACGUGAGGAGCAGAGGGGGUAAACAGCUGGGCAGGAGGCCGACAGAGGAGGUGCUGAUGUCCCUCACAAAGCUACGGGACACCAGAAGCAACCUCGAUGAGUUUUGAUGAUGUCCUGGAAAUAAUGACUCACUGAUGAAAUGUUUGUUUUACAUGUUCAGCCUGUUACACUUUGGCUUUGUCUGAAGAAGCGGCUGGUUAAAGUUGGAAUAAAAGUAUAAAACACUGAUGUUUA